UUUCGCGUUACAGCUCUCCAUUUACGGAAGCUGAUGUGCAUAUAUUUAUGUUGUGUGGGUUGCUGUACGUCUUUGUUUAAAUUCGUGAACAGGGACAUCGUGUCUUGAACAAAUCUGCUGAGAUGCCUUGAGAAAUGGACCAUUUGAGUUACGGGGGUGAAGAUGAAGAUUCUGCCAUUGUCCCAAGGGCCAGAGGCCAGCUAAAUUUCAGAAAGGUGAAAAGGACCCGCAUGAAUGUGGAUCACCUCACAGACGAGGAAAAACGAUUGAGGAAACGCUUCCUGGGCCGGGAGAGGGCCCGCCGAUACCGCGAGAGGAAACGAGCAACCGAGUCAUCCCCUGAGGAGUUGAUCGAUACCAGUGGAUUCCAGAAAGCCCCGCCAAAACCAAGGUGUGUUGGUCGACCCAAGGGCUCACGCACGAAGAAGAAAAGGUUGAUCCUUUUGACGCCUCAGUCUAAAAAAUUUGAAAGGGGAGCUAAAGAAGGCAAGUCCUCUUCUGUCUUGUUCCUCAGACAUUCCUCUCUAUCAACCUCUUCCACCAAGGAAGCUGUUAAACAAAGUAACUCUGAAGAUGCUACAUGUUCACUGACUGUACAAGACCCUGGUACAUCCGUUACUUCCUUGAUAGUUAAAAACUCAGCUCCACCCACAAAAGCACAUGUGAGCACAGGUGCCAAAAGUGCAGUAGCAAAAACGGGUGUGAUUGUCACAGUCGGAAACAGUCUGCAAGGUGACGUAACUCUGAUCAGAGAUGGCUCAGUUGAAAAUUACCUGAAUAAACAAGAUGCAAAAGGUGAAAGCAUGAGUGAAGGCCCAGUUUUUCUUGAUGACCAAAACGACUGCCAGCUACAUGUAUAUAGGGAAAUUGAGGCAAGCGUGAAUGAGAUGGAUUUGCAAGCUGGCCAGGGUCACAGUGGUGAAAGUCUCCCAACUUUUGAAGAGCCAAGAGCUUCAGAUGGUACUGAAAACUCCCUUGCUGAUGGUAAAGUGCUCAGUGCCGAUCUUAAGAACCUCUCAACAAACUGUGGCCUAAAACGACAGACUGAAACUCGGAUUCGGAGAAGGAGGAGGAGGUUCAGACAGCAAAACGUGAAAGACUUUAUCAAUUUUUUCCCAAUUGAUGACCUUGGAACAAUUGACGCAAAGUCUUUUGUGACUGGUUCAUGCAGCAUGCAAAGACAGGUUGAGUGUGUGCCGUCUGUUAAAAGGCUCAAUGCACUGAAACAGAGUGGUUGCGAAACAACUUCUAAAAUGGCAUCAAGCACAGAGAGUGUCAACAGUGAAGGCUUAAGCUAUCCAAACCAGAUGAGAGACACCAAAGAAAAUGCCGUGAAGCUUCUGGAACCUGUCAAAUCAAAGGAUACCACAGAAGAUUCAUCACCAAGAGAGAAGAUUGUUGAGAAGCCACCUACAGUUUCCCCUGUUGAAUCCGUCUUGACUCAACCGACAGGUCCUAUUUCUGAAACUCCCAUCCACCCCGCUCUUCCUGUGAGCUCUUUGCCAGUUGUUUAUGAAUCAACAUCGGCACAACCCUUCACUAUGUUGGGGUUGAAACUUCCGCAGACAUUGCAAGACGUUCAGAUCUCUGGCCUGCUGCAGCAACAGCAGUUGAUAAAUGCAGCUGCCAGCAUCCAACAUGUCCAAGGACUGAACACUCUCGAUGUAGGCAGUCCAUCCAACAUUGUGAGUGUCCCCAAACUGUCUGAAAACAAAGGUGCACCAAGCCUCCAAGGAACCGAUGGCUUGUCAACCCUGGAAGGGGUUGCGGGUGUUCAGGGGCUCUCAGGAGUUCAGGGCAUUGUUGGGAACUCUGCCUUGCAAGGCCUUCAAGGGGUUACCGACCCCAGACUUCUUCCCCUGGCGGGACUGCAAGGUGUCGGGGGCCUCCAAAAUAUUGCAAGUCUGCAGGGUGUACUGGGAGGCUUUCAGGGGCUUACUGGUCUCCAAGGGGUUACAAAUCUUCAAGGAUUUGGAUGCCUUCCAGGUCCCACCAGCCCAGCAGCACUGGUUGGUCUUCAGGGCUUCCCAGGCCUUCAAGCAGUCCAGGGGCUUCAGGGGAUUCCAAGUCUCCAGCCGGUGACUGGCCUGCAGGGGUUAGUAAGUCUGCCAGGGGUUGCAGGUCUCACAGGGAUCCAGGGUCUCCAAGGGGUCGGUCUAGCAGGUAUGCAGUCGGCCCAGGGACUACAAGCUGUGGCAGCCCUACAAGGAAGUGCGUACCUUCAAGGUGCCCCAGGUCUGAUGUUGGGACUCCCAAAUCAAGCAGGGGCAUCAGGUCAACAGGAAUCGUUAGCUAGCACCUCAGCCGCUGCUCAAGAGGACACAGCUUGUCAGGAAGGGGGAACAGGCCAAGGAGUCAAGGCUGAUGGAGAUCAAAAGAUGAGGGCUGAUCAGAAGAAAGGACAGCUUUGUGAGUCUGGCAUUGAAAGCAUUGAAGAUCAAAGCCAAAGCCAGGUGCUCGUGUUGGGGUCGAAGGAUACUGCCGCUGUCGCAUCAACCCCAGAGAAGGUGCAUCAACCACAGAAAGGUCGGUCGAGACGAAAGCAAGCCAGCCCCCGUUGCAUCACAAAACAGCUGGGCUCAUCAUCGGAUUCCAGGCUUGAUACAGAUGAUGAAGAGAACUACACGCUCUUUACAGAAGACAGUCUGCCAGAUGACAGCAGCCAGAGUGGAAGUUCACUGUUCUCAUGCAGAAUAUCGCCCGAGUCCCUGACCUUGGAUGCUGGCACUGGAAGCACUCCGCAGAAGGACGCCAGUUCAAGGUCUGCUUCCAAGGCCACAAUGGAGUCUCCCAGGCCAGGGGCAAAGCUGUCCAAGAAAGUGGAAGAGUUGAUGAGUAGCGCAACCAAGCCUCACCGCAGCCUGGACAUAGACUGCUCUUCUGCUGACCCCGUGGACGAGGAGUCACCCUCCCCACAGACCUGGAGGAGGUUCUUGGAGCGGGAGAAACAGCGAAACGAUCGGCUGAGGGAGGUGGAGGAGCAGCUGGCUCACUUGCAGGCCCACGCUGCUAGGUGCCGAGCACUGGGGCCUAAAUCCUUUGUCUCCACAGCUACGCAGACUGAUCCAGAAGGACUGUUUGUCCACCAAGAUGGAGGUAGUAGUCAGGCACUUCAUGGAGGUGCAAACCCUGGGCAGAUAGUGCAGAAUACACGUACAAGCGCAGAUGCUGGGCAAGCUGAGGGAAGUAGGGUCACCAAUGGGCAGAUUCAGCAAGGAGUGGUGACGAGUUCUGGUGACUCCCUUAUCGUAAAUUCUUCUCCUGAGGCAAACGUAAAUGAAGAUGAGGUAUCAGACACUGUCCCGUCCCUCACUGAAGGCAUCUCUGAAAUACCACCACAGGCCCAUCAAGACACCGAAGCCAAGAUCAUGAAUCGACCGAGCAAUAUUUGGCUGCAUUCGUCAAAGAGAAAAAGGAAAACAUUGAGGAGGUCGGUCAGGUCAUUGAUGUCGACUCUAGCAGAAGGGUCUGGCAAUGAGCCAAGUCAUCGCCUCAACCAAGAGGAAACGGAAACAGGCGGAUCCCUCAAAAGCCCCCUGUCCUUGUCUCCGCAGAGGAAGACGGCGAAGUAUGUGUUUCAGAUUCCCUUGGAAGAGUUUGACAGUGGUGAUAAUACUGUGCAGCUUGACAAAGUGUGUGGAUCGUUGAGUGAAAGCAGACCAGACAACAGCCUUGAAACCUCUCUUGCAGUGAGUGUUGGCGGUUUGGUUCCCACGGUAAACCCUCCCAAAGACAGCAAGGCUGAGUUGAUCAUUCAGCCAAGCUCGGUAUUGCCCUGGGAAGUUGAGGGUCUCUCCAAGAUUGAGAGGAACCGCAUCAGGGCCCGGGAGGGAAUGCGGAGGCACAGGGAGAAGUUGCGGCAGGCAAAACUUGCCGCCCAAACUCUGCAGAGCCACUCAGUGGCAUCCGAGGGGCAAGUCUACUCAGAAGCUUCUCCAGUUAUUUGGGGAUCAGGAACCUCGGCUGCUCCUUGCUCUGUGCCAGUGAAGAUGCCUGACGCUUUCAACAGUGGAAAGAGUGUCAGGGGGGGAGAAGUCUUUGAAGGAUUAGCACGUGGAUCCCAACUGCAGUUGACACCGCAGCACGGUUUGGCUAAUGCGGAGACACUGAGGGGAGAGUCCUCAUUAGUUGGUCAGAACUUGGGAAAGAAACCAUUCGAUAUUCUUGCACAGGUUGCAGUCAAAAUUGAACCCACGGAAAACACAGAUCAAGAGAGCACUGAUGUCCCUCAUGCGCUGAUAACGGAGGAUUUGAAUGCAAAUGCAAGAUCAUUUACAGUUUGUGGGAGCGCUGCCGCUCAGAUUUCUGACAGUCAAGGACGCGAGACCACCGCUAGUCUCGAGAUCUCAAACAUCAUGCCUGUUGAUCAUGCAGCUGGCAACCCCAUGUCCUCAGCCCGCAUCGAUUUCACUCAAGAGCCCUACAGGAGCAUGAGCCUUCGAGACCGCAACCGCAUCCGGGCUCGAGAAGGGAUGCGGCGGUACAGAGAGCGAAUGAGGCUGGCCAGACUGAUGCUGCCGCAGCCCUCAAAAGUCGCCUUUGCGCAGCCCUGCUCGAGAAGGGGCCCUCGGAAGGGCAGCCGCAGAAAAGCCUCCCACAGGAGUGGCAAGGACUGUGACGGUGUCCUAGCAAGCAGUCACCUGGCUGAACUGGCCAAGAGGCAUGCCAAGGGCUCCACCUCAUUGCCCUCGUACUCGGAGAUGGUGGAGUACGACAAAGUAGAGGCCAUGAAAAGGAAGCGGGCGUUUGCAUUGUUGCGGACGAAAGCUCGAGGGCCAAAAGCAAAGUUGGAUGGGAAGCACCUUUCCCAAGCACUUGUCAUCGAAUCGAGCGGACUACAAGAUGCUGUAUCCUCAGCAUGUGGUGCAGGAAGUUUUAAGAGUGGUCACAUAGCAUUGGCUCCAAAUGAACUCAUCCUCGAUAGCGGCUCAGAAUCAAUCAAUCCAGGGCCCAAACCUGGAGAUUUCAAUCUCACACCAACAAGACUUAAGCGACAGCCACCUGCGCAGCUUUCAACUGUCCUGCCUGAGGAACUUGGUGGGGUACAGAAUAAGAGCUUGAAGUCUGAGGAACCAGUGGAGAACCACUCGGACCUGACUUUAGAUGUGUACAUUCAGGAGAAAAUGCUAUGCGGUAUGGACAAAUACGCAGCAAUCAGCAUGUCUGCUGCAGCCCAGAAACAUGCCGUAGACUUCUCUGUUGCCACCCAGCACCUUACAGUAGCAGGGGAGACUCCAGGGGAGCAGUCUAGUGCUGAGGAGAAUCUGUGAAAUCAGAUUGCUGCAUCAGUGCAGCAAUACCUAAUCCAUGAUCGGAUAGGGACACUCUGAGCUUGCCACCCAUGAAACACUUCAAAGAUCAACAGUAACAGCAUUGAGGCUGAAGUGAAGACAGACACACUUGUCAACAUUAUUACUUCCAUAUAUCAGGAUGCCAAGCCUAGCACAAAGAUAUUUGUUUUUAUACAACACCUGAUUAAACCUCUCUCAUCUGAUUGGUGAGUGGCUGAUCACAUGACUUGAAUUAUUUGUCACUUUGCAUGGCAUGCGUCCCCACCACAAAAUCUGUGCAUUGGAACCCACAUACCAGUAUUGUAGGUCUUUUCAGUGACAUGAUGAAUGCAUGCUACACAGAUGGCUUUGUAAUGCAGGAAAUUUCUGAACUCGUAACUGAUAACCCACUCUGCAAACACACAGAAUUAUAUGUUUACUGUCAAAUGUUGAUAAGUUGCUGUCCAUACAUGUAUUCUUACAAAUGGGUCAUUAGGGAGACAUUUUGUGGUAAAUUUUUCGACCUUAAGGAGA